UUUAAGGAGUGGGUGGGAUGUGUCUGAUGGACGUGGGACCGGACCAAUCGGAAGCGAGGGAGGUGGCCGUCGCGGGGUAAGAGCCAAUCCGAGCGGGGUACGGCGGGCUGCCAACGAGGCGUGCGUUGGUACAAGAGGGGCCGUGCCCCUCGUUGGGUACUGUGGACCUCCCAGAGGUGAAUAGAGCCCUCCCAGUUCCUAGGAGCAGCCAUGGAGGGGAGCACAGACCUGUUUGAGGGGGAGGACUACAAGUCAAGGACCAUGUCGGUGGAUCUACAGACAGACUCCUCACUGCAGGUGGAGAUCUCUGAUGCAGUCAGUGAGCGAGACAAAGUGAAGUUUACAGUCCACACCAAGACAAAUCUUGCUCACUUCAAGCAGCCGGAGUUCUCCGUGGUACGGCAACAUGAAGAGUUCAUAUGGCUUCAUGACGCAUAUCUGGAAAACGAAGAUUACGCUGGGAUUAUAAUUCCUCCUGCCCCUCCGAAACCAAACUUUGACGCGUCGCGGGAGAAACUGCAGAAACUUGGGGAGGGGGAUGGGUCCAUGACACGGGAGGAGUUUGCUAAGAUGAAGCAAGAGCUGGAAUCGGAGUACCUGGCCAUCUUUAAAAAGACAGUAGCCAUGCACGAGGUCUUCCUGCAACGUCUUGCUGCUCACCCGCAGCUCAGGGGGGACCACAACUUCUACGUGUUUCUGGAAUAUGAUCAGGAGCUGAGUGUCCGUGGUAAGAAUAGGAAGGAGAUCCUGGGUGGUUUUCUCAAGAACAUUGUAAAGUCGGCUGAUGAAGCAAUAAUAACUGGGAUCUCUGGCAUGAAGGAAGUGGACGAGUUCUUUGAGCACGAGAGGACCUUCCUCAUUGAGUAUCACAAUCGGGUCAAGGAUGCGACGCUGAAGGCAGAUAGAAAGACCCGGUCACACAAAAAUGUCGCUGAAGAUUACAUUCCAAUCUCUUCUGCUUUAUCUGGUUUGGGAACAUUGGACACCAACCCACUGAGCAACAACUUUCUGAAACUUGCAGAGCUUUUUGAGAAACUUCGGAAACUGGAAGGACGUGUGGCAUCUGAUGAAGACUUGAAACUUUCUGACUUGUUAAGAUAUUAUAUGAGGGAUUCACAAGCAGCAAAGGACCUACUGUACCGGAGAGCUCGCUCUCUGUCUGAUUACGAAAAUGCCAACAAAGCCCUGGACCGGGCCCGCAUGAAGAACAAGGAUGUGAAACACGCUGAGACUAAUCAACAACGCUGCUGCCAGAAAUUUGAAAAGCUCUCUGAAUCAGCCAAGCAAGAACUUUCCGACUUUAAAAUUCGCAGGGUCUCUGCCUUUCGGAAGAACAUGAUUGAGAUGACAGAGCUGGAGCUGAAACAUGCAAAGGCCAACCUAUUACUACUGAGGAACUGCUUGAGUUCAUUGCGAGGGGAACAGUAGGAUUUUCUUUCAGCUUCACGACACGGUGUCUGGAGGUGAUCAUGUGUUAGGGGCCAACCCUUUCCAUCUCCCUAGCUUUUUUUUUAAAAAACAAAAUUUACUGUUCAUCAUGUUUAUAAUAGUGUUCCUUUGGACAGAUGAGAAAACAAACCAUGGGAUACUGCUGUCUACGCGGCCUGACCCACCCCCCCCCCCCCCCCACCUUGAGUCGUCUCCCUCUCUCCAAACCUGUUGUAGAGUCUGGUGUUCCUGCAGUGUCAGUCCCUCCCACCCUGACUGUGUAUUUUGGCUGAGGGGUUCAUUUUGCAGGCUGGCCUGUGAAGGACCUACCUGAGGCCCUUGUAGAUUUGCCAAGCCCCAACCAGCUGAGUUUGUUUUUUUUUCUUCCCCAUGGUGUUUUUUGUGCAGGAACCACUAAUGCAUCUUGAGGAUCUGCAUUGCUCCUCCCCACACACGUGCUCUCCCCUUCUUCUGUGUUCUUUGUUUUGAUUUCUUGCCCACCAUGGCCAGUGAGCCUGUGACCAUUCACAAUACUUUGCUUGCUGUUGUCAUGUGAGCAGGCUGUCUAACCCUAUUGCAACCACAUCAACUCUCUGAAAAUGUUGUUAAAUCACUGGAGAGGGUACUUGUUGACUUGCAACAGUGUAGAGGGAGCUUUACUCUAUCUAACCCUAUGCUGUCUCUGUCCUGGGAGUGUUUGAUGGAACAUGUUCCUUUUUUGUGACAUUGAUAUCCAUUAUGUGUAAAACCUCUGUGGAGCUGAACAGGGAAGAGUUCAGUGAGCACUGAGCUAAAGUUGUGUCUACCAGCUGGACAAAGAUUGCUUUAAAAAGUAUUGUUCUCAAUACUUGUUUUUGGUAUUCAGCUGCACAAAUAGGGUUCAGCAUAGCUUCUCUCCCACUUCCUGAAUUGUUUGUCCAGUUUUAAGUCACCAACCUUUGGUUCAUGUCCAGUCAUUUUCAAUUUUUAAAAAACUGAAUUGAUUUGGAUCUGUAAGUACACCAAACUAUGAAGGCAUCAAGUUCAUUCAUGUUAAACAGUAAUGACUCAUUCAAACUGUCUUGUGUAUGGGGAGUGAGGAAUGUCUGGCUCAAAGCAAGGUACAAGACAGGAUUAAUUGAUAUUAUAGUUGUUGGGGGGAAGAGAAUGUAAUUGUGUUUGAAGGCUUAAAUUAAGCAAAUCUUUUAGCAACUUCCCUCUAAGUUCCAGUCUUCAUUUCUUUUGUAAAUAAAACUGAGCAAGAAA